AUGGCGGCGUCGCGCAUAACGGCAUGUCGGGCUAUCGACAGCCUGUGCCGUCGUCAGGUCAUCCGAUCGCCCUCGGCGUCCGCCGUAAAACUGCGAGCCGGUGUCUAUCCGAGUGCUGCCAUAGUAUGCAGGCAUGUCCAACUGAGACAGCAUAGCACGUCUGGUUCAUCGCACAAUGGCACCAAGAAGACAAACGCUCCGGCCCCUCCACCGCCGUCUUCCCAAGCACGCCAGCUUUGGAGAGCCUUGUCCUUUCGCUCGCUUUUGUCUUCCAUGACACCGAGAGGGAUGAAAAAGAUGUUCAGAGAGAGUCCCGAGGAGCUUAUUCUGGCCUUGGCUAUUCUCACUGGUUUGGCAGGUGUGUCAAUAUACAUUGUCAAGCUUUACUUCGACUACUUCAUGGCUCGUCAAUUCACCAAGUAUCCUAAGCCGAUCGCAAAGUCUCUCCGUCGAGCGCUAUACUACACCAACAUCAAGCCCGACCCGAACUUGGCGAGGAAAUAUUAUAAGCAAGCCUUGGAGCAGUGCAACGAGCUCCAGCUGGACCCAUUCUCCGACGAUGUACUGGGCAUUAGAAUCCAAACGGCCGCUUGGCUUGAGAAGAUUGAAAAUUAUCAGGGAGCCAUAACUGUAUUAGACUCGGUAAUGAGGGACUGCCUCAGGUGGGUGGAGUGGAUGGAGAAGUCCGUCGCGGACGGUACAGUCGAUAAGUCGGGAAAGCCACCUACCGUCAAAGUAAUGCCGGAGGAAAAGCGUCCGGUCGUCGCAGAGAAUGGCGAAGAGGUUGUUGUUGAAAACUUAUGGCACAAACGCACGCGAUUGCUGGCCAAGGCUGUUGGCACCAGCACCAAACUCGGCGCUCUCUACUCAGACGAACACGUCUUGGAGCCAGAAAAUGCCCAGGCCCGCUUGACGUGGGCUGUCGAGACUGCCUUGACAGAGUCACGGCGUCGUCGCGAAGAAGGUGUCAAGGAGGAAGAGGGCCCUUGGAUGAGCCCAGAGGAGAUUGGAGGGGCCAUGGAAUCCCUGGCUCACCACUACGAGUCCAAGUCUCAGUUUCAUCUAGCAGUACCACUAUUCUUCCAGGCAUUGCGUCUCUGCGCCAGCCCCUGUCACCGAGUUACUAUCAUGAACAAUUUGGCCGUGGCCUUUGCGCAGCAUCCUCUUCAAACCCCGCUAGGUAUCGUCCCGAAUGCCCCUGCAACAUCCAACGCAAUCGUCAGCCCUGAUAUGCCAACGGACCGUGCCGGGUUUCUGGAAGCCGCCAAGAACUGGGCUGGCAAUGCUUACUCACACUCUAAGGACAUCCAAGGUGAUGAGCGCACAGAGGAGUGUGACGAGGCUUGUGCUGUGGCUUUGGUCAACAUGGGUGACAUCGCUGCUAUGUCGGGAAAGAAAGAAGUCGCCAGGAAACGCUUUCAACAGGCCAUCGACAUGAGUAAGAAGAUUGGCUUCGCUUCCGGGGUCUCUCAGGCCGAAGCGGGUCUUCAGGAGCUCUAA